CGCGACCUAGGGCUGUUUUGUAACGACUUUGAUGUUUACAUACAAGAAGGAAAGUAUGACAUAAUUUGCUGAAGGUUUUUCAUAGUUCAAGAUAAUACAACUUUUUAUCGUUAUGUUGGCUACAAUAAUCAUGUUGACAGUUUAGGAACUAGUCUACAUGUGCGGGCGCAAGGUGAGACUUCGUGGAACGGGGAAAUCGAAGGCUGCGCUAUCCCCGAGACAGUUGAAAACUUAAUAGAAUACUACAGGCGAGGAAAAUGGAUGAUAACAACAAUGACAACGCUCGCUGCAAGUCGUCUGAGGAUAACCACCGCGACUCACCAGUUGACAGCGGGGCAACAGGCGAUGUUGGAGCUGGAGGUCUAGAAGAGGUACAGCUGCAUCUCACGUGCCUACCGGAGCGGUACAUGAUGGCCAAGUUCACCUUAUCAGCCUAUAUGCUCUGCUGGGCAGCGCUGAAACUCUACCAGAGACUACGAUGCACUCCUGCCACUCAGGUGAAACAGACCCAGGAAGCUCUUGAAGACUCGGAGGGACUCAGGAACCCAGAGGGAUUAGGAUUAGAGGUGGAGGACGGGGAUUUGGGUGCCGGUGCCGGUGACUCCCAGGACUGGAGCGAGGACGGGGGGAGGACCAGGGACGGUGGGAUUGACAUUACGUCGUCGGAGGAGUACUUUGACUCACGGUCGUGGCACAGUGACACGCUGUGUGACACUCUGUCAGACCUGAGCCCGGACAGCAGCGAGGACACUCUGUCUGCCAUACUGGGGGUGGAGGACGUACACACGGGAUGGAAGAACAGCAGAUACCACACCGCUGGGGACUGUAGAGCCAGACGCACAGCCGAGAGGAGCCAGGACAGCCACAGCACAGAGAACGCAGAGACUGACGUACGCAGACCCAGCAAAGAAAAACACAACCAGACCUGCACAGAGACAGCACAGAGUCAGCCUGGCAACACAGAGAAGAAGCAACACAAUCACAGGACAGAAACACAGCACAGCACAGAGUUGCACAAUCAGCUCAGCACAGUGAUACAUAAGACAGGAGUAACAACCCAGCACAACCAAGGGAAAGUCAGCACAGAGGUUCGUAAUCAGAAUGCACCAACGUUAGUGCUUCACACAGAGUCACACAAACCGAAUCGCUCAGACAGACACAAAGUUGACAUCGCACAAAGCACAGAAACAUUUGCACAGAGAAACAGCACAGAGGAAACUAGCAGAGAGGCACGAACGCUGAGCAGCACCGAGAAACAGAGCACGGGGUUCGAAAACACAGCUUGCACAGAGAAACAGAGCACAGGCACUAAAUGCACAGGGAUAUGUAAACAACAUAGCGUAGAUAUACAAAGUAUAGAUCUGCUGUCCACUCUACACAGUGUAGAGAAAGUGAAUUCACAAAUACACAACAGUCACCUGGAGCAGGUAAGCCUUGCCAGCCAGGAUACAUCUAGAGCCUACGGAGAGGAGACAACCAAUCAACACAGUUCAGAGACACACUGCAUAGACACACACAACACAACAGACACACAGUGUUCGGACAUAUCUGGCAAACACGUGACACUUUGCAGAGAUACACCCAACACACUCAAAGCAGAGACACACUGUAGGCUCGCGCACAACAAUCACAGCUCAGACAUACACUUAUCUGACACACAAAGUCAACUUAUCCCGGAGCAUCCCACAACAGACACGCACAGUACAGAAACACACACCACAGAGACAAUCUAUACGGACACACAACCCACAGAGACAGAGAGGUGUAGCUCACCCAACACAGACACAGAGAGGAGUAGCACACCCAACACAGACACAGAGAGGAGUAGCACACCCAACACAGACACAGAGAGGAGUAGCACAUCCAACACAGACACAGAGAGGAGUAGCACAUCCAACACAGACACAGAGAGGAGUAGCACACCCAACACAGACACAGAGAGGAGUAGCACAUCCAACACAGACACAGAGAGGAGUAGCACACCCAACACAGACACAGAGAGGAGUAGCACACCCAACACAGACACAGAGAGGAGUAGCACACCCAACACAGACACAGAGAGGAGUAGCACAUCCAACACAGACACAGAGAGGUGUAGCACACCCAACACAGACACAGAGAGGUGUAGCACAUCCAACACAGACACAGAGAGGAGUAGCACAUCCAACACAGACACAGAGAGGUGUAGCACACCCAACACAGACACAGAGAGGAGUAGCACAUCCAACACAGACACAGAGAGGAGUAGCACAUCCAACACAGACACAGAGAGGAGUAGCACACCCAACACAGACACAGAGAGGUGUAGCACAUCCAACACAGACACAGAGAGGAGUAGCCCACUCAACACAGACACAGAGAGGUGUAGCACAUCCAACACAGACACAGAGAGGUGUAGCACAUCCAACACAGAGACAAACAGCCCAGUGCCACACACUUUAGAAACCACAGGGAACGUCCAUUCAGCCAGUCCAUGUGUGGGUAUCCUCAACAGACCUGUCACAAAGACCCAGCCUCAGGCCUGCCUCGGUGCUACAAAGCUCCACAUUGAGGCAUGCGUAUCGGGUGUCCGCUGCCAGGAAGAGCACGAGGUGUGUGUCACCAACAGGAACUCAGCAGAGUCGACUGAACUGUCAGAUACGGUGAACGGGAUCUGUCCAAUCAUAUCGUCCGUGGAGGCUGGACUUCCUUUAGAGGCGGGACUUACUGUAGACGUGGGACUUCCUGAAGAGGCGGGACUUCCUUGCUUGCUAGACGCCCGUGUGCCUAUACCUGUUCCCGACCGGUAUCUCUCACCGUCACUAGACAGGAAGGGGAUCAACCAGUCAGAAUCCCAGUUAGCCUCACCUGUCCUACCUACUGGGCUAGAGAGUGGAGGAAUUACAGAGAUACAACAACGACAACAACAACAAACACAGCACUCCAGUUCACAACCCCAGGAAAAGGAUGCCGUUCAAACCCAGGGCCUAAUCCCUGAGCUCCAGGACCAGGGGGGCUCUAGCCCAGAGAUACCCAGAGACAGUGAGCACUCGCCUGGGGAGCAUGAGUGGGAUGAGGCCUGGCUGAGGGAAGGCUCCACCUCUGUAGAGCUCAAGCCUGGUUUUGCUCAUCCUCAGUCUGACACUGAGGGGGGCAUUGAGGAAUGCCUACCCUCCAACCCCUACUCCCUCCCCCACAUAGACAGGUCGCUUUGCUCUGACAGCUUAGGGUCAGACGACUCAGAACAUUCCCAGCUGAAGACCUCAGACAGAGAGUACAGGACAGGAUCAACCCAUUCCCUGUCUGUGGAAAGAGAGGAGGAAGAUAGUCAUGUUUACAGUCAGCAGGAGCAGGCAGUAGAAAGCACGUCCUGUCGUUAUUCAGCACAGUCAAACACUGUUACAGCAGAACUCUCUGACCAUACAGACACUGUUACAGCAGAACUCUCUGACCAUACAGACACUGUUAUAGCAGAACUCUCUGACCAUACAGACACUGUUAUAGCAGAACUCUCUGACCAUACAGACACUGUUACAGCAGAACUCUCUGACCGUACAGACACUGUUACAGCAGAACUCUCUGACCAUACAGACACUGUUACAGCAGAACUCUCUGACCAUACAGACACUGUUAUAGCAGAACUCUCUGACCGUACAGACACUGUUACAGCAGAACUCUCUGACCAUACAGACACUGUUAUAGCAGAACUCUCUGACCGUACAGACACUGUUACAGCAGAACUCUCUGACCAUACAGACACUGUUACAGCAGAACUCUCUGACCGUACAGACACUGUUACAGCAGAACUCUCUGACCAUACAGACACUGUUACAGCAGAACUCUCUGACCAUACAGACACUGUUACAGCAGAACUCUCUGACCAUACAGACAUUGUUAUAGCAGAACUCUCUGACCGUACAGACACUGUUACAGCAGAACUCUCUGACCAUACAGACACUGUUACAGCAGAACUCUCUGACCAUACAGACACUGUUACAGCAGAACUCUCUGACCGUACAGACACUGUUACAGCAGAACUCUUUGACCAUACAGACACUGUUACAGCAGAACUCUCUGACCAUACAGACACCGUUACAGCAGAACUCUCUGACCAUACAGACACUGUUACAGCAGAACUCUUUGACCAUACAAACACUGUUAUAGCAGAACUCUCUGACUCUGACCAUAUUGGGCUGCCAAGCACAGAGGAGACAGAGGAUGCUAUAGUCCCCUUCAGCCCUACAGGAGUCUUCAUAGAGAUCACCAGUGAUCUGCUUGUUGACCUCAGCUCACAGGGUGUGUCUAGUGACAUAGGCCAGGGGUCAACCCAACCUACAGAGACUGAAUCUCUUCAGGGAGACAGCACAGAACCCUCUGCCUUAGAUCAGGAAGCCACACUGCUGAGGAGGAUAAAGAUUACCGUGGGAACAGACUCUACUGUGUGUAAUGACGAGGUCCAGAGCCAACUGAAGGAGCUAGACAUCCAUCACAGCAUUUCUGGGCCUGAACCCUCUCUCUGCACCGUGCCACCCUCCAUCCUGCCUCUGUCCUGCCUCUCUGACUCCAACAACAACACCAAGGCCAGCGAAGGGUCGGUGUUGGGGUCUCCCUGUACAAGGGGUAAGGGGCCAGAGCAGUGGUCCUCAAAGGUAGAGGUAGCCCCCCAGAGCAGCUCAGAGGAGGGUGGGGAUAAAACCCAUGAUGAGUCCCCUUCCCUGACCGAGCCCUCCACGUUUACCUCUGACCUCCUGGGGGAGACACCAGACAGCCCCCUAGAAUACCCCCCUGAGGACUCUGAGGAGUUGCUGUCCUACCUGGCCUACAAGCACUACUGGAGCAGCGAGGACUCAGCCGUGUCUGGGUUGGGGGACGAGUGUCACUUCAGCUUGGCUGAGGUGGAGGAGCUAGAGAGGCUCCAGGGAGAGGGCCACGGAGACGUCCCUUAUCAGAACCAUACUGAAACUACAGGCUGUAGGAGAGAUACAUCUAACCAUACAGACACUGCAGGCUGUGGGAGAGAUAUAUCUAACCAUACAGACACUACAGGCUGUAGGAGAGAUAUAUCUAACCAUACAGACACUACAGGCUGUAGGAGAGAUAUCUCAGACCAUACAGACACUACAGGCUGUAGGAGAGAUAUAUCUAACCAUACAGACACUGCAAGCUGUAGGAGAGAUAUAUCUAACCAUACAGACACUACAGGCUGUAGGAGAGAUAUCUCAGACCAUACAGACACUACAGGCUGUAGGAGAGAUAUAUCUAACCAUACAGACACUACAGGCUGUAGAAGAGAUAUCUCAGACCAUACAGACACUACAGGCUGUAGGAGAGAUAUAUCUAACCAUACAGACACUACAGGCUGUAGGAGAGAUAUCUCAGACCAUACAGACACUACAGGCUGUAGGAGAGAUAUAUCUAACCAUACAGACACUACAGGCUGUAGGAGAGAUAUCUCAGACCAUACAGACACUACAGGCUGUAGGAGAGAUAUAUCUAACCAUACAGACACUACAGGCUGUAGGAGAGAUAUAUCUAACCAUACAGACACUACAGGCUGUAGGAGAGAUAUAUCUAACCAUACAGACACUACAGGCUGUGGGAGAGAUAUAUCUAACCAUACAGACACUACAGGCUGUGGGAGAGAUGUAUCUAACCAUACAGACACUGCAGGCUGUGGGGAGGUUGUAGAGGGGGUAGUUAAUUCUAAUUGUGCUGCUAACAGUCCUUCAGACCUUUCUGAACCCUUAGCUUCCUACCUGGAGACCAGAGGCCUGCUAUUGGACAGCGCAGAGAAAGAGGAGGUGCAGCAGUCCAGCCCCCACCAAUCCCCUAACCCUCCUUCAGAGGGAGACAGACAGGACUGUAGCAAAUCACCUGGGGCUUUAGGAUUAGAGGACAGUUUGUUUGCUGAGGAGUCCAGCUCGUACAGCACCUACCUCCAGACCAGCUCUCACCCUGCCCUCCUGCAGCAGGAUCGUGGGGUGAGGAUUGUGAGGUACCCCUACUCCGACAUCAGUCUCAACCUGCUCUCUCUCAGUAGCCUCGAGCCCAUCCUAGAGGCAGACUCCGACCGCUCCCUGGACAACUCUGGGAUUGUGGAAGAUGUGACUGGAGUAGAGGGGGAGGGGGAGGAGGAGCGAAGACAGAGUUUUAGGAUGAGGCCCACUGAGAAAGACAGGGACAGUGUUGUCCUGUCUGGUGACAUCAACCUGUCAAACUCCACCUCCGGCCUUGAGAGCCCGUCGUUGUGUCUCCCCGAGGACUCAUCCAGUAUCGAGUCAUCAGAGCACCAACUGGACUCGUUGACCUUUGACCCCGAUGACCUCAGGGUUAUGACCUUACCACACGACAGGGACCAUGCAAGCAGCGAGAGACGCUCCAGUCCAACCCCCACCUCUGUGUCCUAUGACUUUGACACUACCAGCACUAACAGUGAGGAGACGGAAGAGUCCAUCCUGCCUGUCUCGGGGGGGAACACCAACCUCCACAAACCCAUGAAGAGCAACUCUAAAGACAGCCAGGCAGGGAGGUCCAAGAGCUCCAAGUUCUCUGUUUUUGCCAAGAUGCCUUCUUUCAGGAAGGGGAAGAGUCUGAAGAAUGCCAAGGAGGAGGACUUGCCCCGGGACUCACCAGACCUGGGCCUGAGCAGGGAUAUGGGGGGAGGACAGGUGGGACAAGGGGGAGACACCUCGGAUGAUGACAAUGUUUUCUUGAAGGGGGACAUCCUGAGCCAGACGGUUCAGCAGCCCUUCUCCUCUGGUCUGGGUGGUCGCUACGAGACAGAGCAGGAGGAUUACAGCUUCUUCCCCUCCACACCGCGCACCCGCCAUGUCCGCCUGCUCUUCAAGGAUGGGCCUGAGGACACCCCCCUGACCUCCCAGCCAGGAGGUCUCAGACACAACCAGACCGGGGCCCCCGAGGGCCUGCACGGCUACAAGAGGAGCAAGAGCUCUGACAGCCUCAACCUCCGCAUGCGCUUCGCCCAGGCCCACAAGUCCCUGUCCAGCCUGUUUGAGUCUCGCUCCAUGGACAAGGAGAACGAGGAGGAGCAGGUGAACAUUGAGACUGGGAGCGAAGGGGAGGUGGGGCGAGCCAAACAGUCCUGGAGGAGGCUAAAGAGAGAGAGGGCCAAGGAGGCAGAGCUGCUGAGGAGGACCCUGUCUGUCCCGGUCGGGGACGGGGUAAAGGGAGGGGACGGUGAGGAUGGGGGUGUGAGGACGCCCAGACAGACCCACAGUGACUAUGCGUCCCGCUCUGCCUCAGUGCUCAGUGUCCCUGGGUCCCCCUCCUCUCUCAGGGCCCUGUGUCUCACCGACCCCAUCACUAAGAGGGGCUUCCAGGACAGUCACAGCGUGGCCGGGGAGAACACCCCACUGGGCUGCAAGUCAGAGGGCCAGAGGAGGAAAGGGAAAGUCCCACCCAACGGCCUGUCAAUCAACUUCUCUGACUCCGGACCGCACUCCUCGGACGACUCUGAAGCCCCACCCACAAAUGACUCCAGCCCCCUGUCGCCCAUGAGCCCCGCCUCCCUGGCCACCCUAGCCAAUCAGCUGUCUUGGUCCAGCUCCAGGUGCCCAGGAGGAGCCUAUGAGAGCACAGCGUCUAGCAUGGCAGCAACACCAGACACCCCAGUGAGACCCAUGAGCCCCAAGCCCCACAGCCCCAGACCGGCUGCCCAGCACAGGCCCUUCCGCUACCCCCAAUCUGCCUCAGCCCGGGCCUCAGCCCUGUCCUUGCUCCUCAUGGCUCAGUCAGCCAGUGUAGAGGGCUUGUCUGACCCACCAGAGAAGCCCAAGACCCUGAAGCCCAGAGCGGGGCCACUAGGCUCCUCCUCCCUCAGUCCAUUGGAGGACAGUGGAGUGGACAGCCAAUCACAGAUCAGCCUGCUUACACCUAUGUCCAUCAACCAGUUUGAGACUCAGGGUGGCUGUAGACCCACCAGCCAGGCAGGAGGAGAGAAGAGGCUAGCAGAGCUUAAGUCCCCUGGGUCUGGACUGGUCACUACUGCAUCAGCCCUCAGACCACCACCAGGCCACAGGCCGAACAGGGAGAGGGACAGGGGUCCAAGACGCCACCGCUGCUCCUCAGACGACCUGUGGAUCGAAGAGGAGAAGAGACGGAAGCGGAAGCUGGCCCGAGUCGUGAGGGGCAGCCUGGGACAACUCAACACCCACUGUCCUGAAGAUCUGGAGAAAGCACGGGCUCGAGCAUCCCUGUCGACCAUGGAGGAGUUCUCCGGGAUUCCCCUGAAGGCCCACUGCUUCUCCCAGAGCACCCCCAUCGGACUUGACUGUCUGGGCUGGAGACGACGCAUCUCCUACCCCUCGGUGAUAGUACCAGACGGAGGUGGAGAGAAGGCCGGUCUGGGUGAUGAUCUAGGCAGUGAUGAAGACCUGUAUGAAGAGUUCCGCAGCUCCGGACAUCGCUGUGGACACCCAGGGGGAGGUGGAGAACAACUGGCCAUAAAUGAGCUGAUCAGUGAUGGCAGCUGUGUGUACGCCGAGGCCCUGUGGGACCAUGUCACCAUGGACGACCAGGAGCUUGGCUUCAAGGCGGGGGACGUCAUCGAGGUAGUGGAUGCCACCAACAAGGAGUGGUGGUGGGGACGCAUCCUGGACAGUGAGGGCUGGUUCCCAGCUAGCUUUGUUCGGUUGCGUGUGAACCAGGAUGAGCCCAUGGAGGAGUACCUAGCCCAGCUGGAAGAGGCUGGGGCUGGGGAAGUGGACCGGCCAGGGGUGGGUCUGAUCCUGGGACCAGGCCUGCCGUGUAAGGACCAGAUGAGGACUAACGUUAUCAAUGAGAUCAUGGGCACAGAGAGAGACUACAUCAAACACCUCAAAGACAUCUGUGAGGGUUACAUCAAGCAGUGUCGUAAGAGGAUAGACAUGUUCACAGAGGAGCAACUGCGGUGUAUAUUCGGCAACAUCGAAGACAUCUACCGCUUCCAGAAGAAGUUACUGAAAGGUCUGGAGAAGAGGUUCAACAAGGAGCAGCCGCACCUCAGCGAGAUCGGAUCCUGCUUCCUCGAACACCAAACAGACUUCCAGAUCUACUCGGAGUACUGUAACAACCACCCCAACGCCUGUGUGCAGUUGUCCAGACUGAUGAAGACCAACAAGUACGUGUUCUUCUUCGAGGCCUGUCGUCUGCUGCAGAAGAUGAUUGACAUCUCGCUGGAUGGCUUCCUGCUCACGCCCGUUCAGAAGAUCUGCAAGUACCCUCUGCAGCUGGCCGAGCUACUGAAAUACACCAACCCUCAGCAUAGGGACUAUAAGGACGUGGAGGCUGCCUUGAACGCCAUGAAGAACGUGGCCAGGCUGAUCAACGAGAGGAAGCGGCGCCUGGAGAACAUCGACAAGAUCGCCCAAUGGCAGAGCUCCAUAGAGGACUGGGAGGGAGAAGACAUCCUCAGUAUGAGUUCAGAUCUGAUCUUCUCUGGAGAGCUGACGAAGAUCUCCCAGCCUCAGGCUAGGAGCCAGCAGCGCAUGUUCUUCCUCUUCGACCACCAGAUGGUCUACUGCAAAAAGGACCUCCUGCGCAGGGACAUGCUGUACUAUAAGGGUCGUAUGGACAUGGACCUGAUGGAGGUGGUGGAUGUGGAGGACGGGAAGGAGAAGGACUUCAACGUGUCGGUGAAGAACACUCUGAAGCUGCGCUCGCUGGCGGGGGACGAGGUCCACCUGCUGUGUGCCAAGAAGCCUGAGCAGAAACAACGCUGGCUCCGAGCCUUCCAGGACGAGAGGACGCAGGUGCAGCACGACCUCGAAACAGGAUUCUCCAUCACUGAGGUCCAGAAGAAACAGGCCAUGCUGAACGCCUGCAAAAGCCAUCCAACUGGGAAGCCCAAAGCGGUGACCCGGCCCUACUAUGACUUCCUGCUGCGUCAGAAGCACCCGUCUCUGCCCAGCACCGUACCCCAGCAGCAGGUCUUCAUGCUGGCUGAGCCCAAACGCAAGGCGACCACCUUCUGGCAAAACAUCGGCAGACUGACGCCUUUCAAGAAGUGAAACGUCGGAGAGGAGGAUUAGAGGAGAAAGGCUAACGCCUGAACUGACUUUUUUAUCCCCAAUCCUUUUUUUUCCUUCUCUCGUUUGUUCUUUGUUAUACAUAAUGUUAUCCUAAUUCAUAUACUGAUUAUUGUGAAAGAUCAACAUGAUGAUGAUGAUGAUAUUUUUUCUUUGAGAAAGCACUUUAUAGGUUGGUUACAAUCAGACUUGGGAAUGGUUCUCCCGGACAUCGUGUAUACUUUGGGAGAAUGUUACUAGGACUAUUUUACCUGCUACUGCUACUACAACUUCUACCAAGCACCGAUUGGUACUAAUAUUACUACUGCUGUGUGAUCAUGUGACUGCCAAUGAGGCUCCUCUUUUUGGAAAGACAUUGACUGACGCAACUAAAUGAUUUUUUCCCCCAGUGUUUUUGUUUUGUUUUCGACCAAUGCCAACUGUUCACAGUGCCAGAUCAAUUUUGCUUUUGUAUUUAAGUUUGUGCUGUGUCUGCUAUUGAAAAAAGGUGAAAAGGGGGGAUAAAGUUUAUUGUACUUCU